UCAGUCCAGCCAGCAAAGCCGUCCUGACUGCCUCGAGAUGUAAUUGACUACUUAUCACUUUAUCGAAUCCAGCUGUAUAUUGAUUCGUGUUGUGAUUGGUAUUAUCAGUAAGUGAACCCGACUUUUAACGCGAGAUGGCUUUAGAAAAAUCCAAGAGCAUCGAAGCUGGCUUGCACACCAUGCUGGCCGAAGGGGAGACAAAAGUGGAGAAUGUUUCCUUGUGUCAGAAGAUUAAAGUCAUUCUUACGAACAUCACAGUGGAGCCGAUUCUGAUCUGCUAUGUUCUACCUAAUGUGAUGGCGAGUAUAGCCACUCAGAACCUAAACCUAGAGAAAGCCUGUAGGGUCAACCUAGAGCUGAGUACCGACGUGUGUGAUGCCUUGACGAUACGAAACGCCAGCGGGUACAACCAGAGCGACGAAGUCGUCGUUCAGAAGUUAGUCAGUACCAUGAACAUCUGGAAGAGCGUGAUCCAGAGCCUAGUACCAUCAUUCUUGUUACUAUUCUUAGGUUCGUGGAGCGACCGCCACCAACGACGCAAACCUUGCAUCAUCCUCCCCAUAAUCGGAGAGGUACUAACAUGCACCAGCUUCCUCCUGUCCACUUACUUCUUCUACCAACUCCCCAUGGAAUUCAACGCGUUCUUCGAAGCGGUACCACCAUCCAUCACCGGAGGAUGGUUCGCUAUCUUCAUGGCCGUCUUCAGCUACAUCAGCAGCGUUUCCAGCGUGGAAACGCGAACCCUGCGCAUCGGAGCCGUCAACCUCUUCUCCAAAGUCAGCGUCACCAUCGGCAUAGCCUUGAGCGGCAUCCUCUACAAGAAAUUCGGCUUCUACGGAGUCUUCUCCCUAGCCCUCGUCAUGUACUUCACAGGCCUCAGUUACGGCGUUACCCGAGUCAAAGAAAUCCCCAAGAAGGAAGAACUCAUCACCGAGAAGAAGAUCGUGAACCCUGUGAAAGACUUCUUCGACUUGAAGCACAUCCGCGACACGUUCAAAGUCGCCUUCAAGGACGGCCCCCGCGGCCGCAAGAAACGUAUCUGCACCAUCAUGGUCCUGGUCAUGGUCAUCAUCGGACCCAUGCAUGGUGAAAUGAACAUGUUGUAUCUUUUCGUCCGGUACAGGUUCGGCUGGAACGAGAUCGACUACAGCCUCUACUCGACUUUCCACUUCGUCGUCCACGUCGCGGGUACCAUCUUCUCGCUGAUGUUUUUCACCAAGUUCCUCAAAGUCGACGACGCGGUCUUGGGGAUGGUCUCCAACAUGAGCAAGAUUCUGGCUUCUAUAGUGUACGCGUUCGCUCCGUCCAGUACCAUCUUCUACAUCGGAGCGAUUGUUGAGGCCUUGAACGGUACGUCUUUCAUUGCCAUGAGGUCCAUCAUAUCGAAAAUGGUACCGGCGGACGAGCUGGGGAAGAUUAACUCUUUGUUUGGGGUUGCGGAGGCUCUGAUGCCGCUGAUUUACGGACCGAUGUACAAUAUUAUGUACAAAGCCACGAUUCGGUUUCUUCCAGGGGCGUUCUUUUUGCUGGGGGGGUGUCUGACGACGCCUGCUGUCUUUAUUUUCUUUUGGUUGUAUCGACAGCAUUUGAAGGAUCGGGAGGAAGACGAGAAGGAGAAAAUGCAAAAAAGUGAACUGUUGCCCAAAUGAACUGUAUUUUUUUUUUUUUUCUAUGAAAGCGAAAUAAGUGGGUUAAAUUCUUGUUUUCUUUUUCAUUUCUUGGGGUUUUAUUAUCUAAUCGUAUUGGGACUAGACGGAAAAUACAGUUAAUUUAUUUAGUGAUAAGGAGUACUUAACAUUGAUUCUGUGAAUGAAGCAUUUAUGACACGAGAUUUUUUCUAUUUACUUUUGUUAUUUAAAAUAAUUUAGGAGACGGCAGUUUGUUCGACUGUUUUAUCUCCUUACUAAGAUUAGUCUAUUGUCAGAAAUUUAAACAAGAGCAACGUCAUUAAAUUUGUUGUUAAAAAAGACAAAGU